CCCAACGCAUCAAAAUGACCCCCAACCCAACGCCCUACACCUACGAAAACGCCAUCUACAGCGCCGGCCUCGGCGACGAGCGCCCGCGCUUCCCCCCGCACCCGCACGACUGGGAACCCACGGCGAAAUCCCGCCUGUCGGCGGACAGCUUCGGCUACGUGCACGGCUCCGCGGGCACCGGCCAAACGGACGCGAACAACCGCGCCGCCUUCGCCAAAUGGAACCUGGUGCCCUCGCGCCUGGUGCCGAGCGACUACCCGGACCUAAAAGUGAACCUCUUCGGCGAGGAAUACCCCUACCCGAUCGCCAUCGCGCCGGUCGGCGUGCAGAAGAUCUUCCACCGCGACGGCGAGGGCGCCGUGGCGCGCGCCGCCGCCGAGGACCACGUGCCCUACAUCCUCUCGACGGCGGCCUCGACCAGCAUCGAAGACGCCGCCGCGGCCAACGGGCCCGCCGGGAAGCGGUGGUUCCAGCUGUACUGGCCGCUGAACGAGAACAACGACAUCACCGCCAGUCUGCUGCAUCGCGCCCAGGACGCGGGCUUCAAGGUCUUGGUCGUGACUCUGGAUACGUAUAUCCUGGGCUGGCGGCCGAGCGAUCUCAGCAAUGCGUAUAAUCCGUUCCUCCGGGCGGAUAGUAUCGGCGUGGAGCUGGGGUUCACGGAUCCCGUGUACCGGCGGAAGUUCCGCGAGAAGCAUGGCAAGGAGGUCGAGGAGGAUCUGGGCGCCGCGGCGCGCGAGUGGGCGCAUACGGUCUUCCCCGGGCGGAGUCACGGGUGGGAGGAUCUGGAGUUCCUGAAGGAGCACUGGAAGGGGCCGAUCGUGUUGAAGGGGAUUCAGACCGUCAAGGAUGCGGAGUUGGCCGUCCAGCAUGGCAUGGAUGGCAUUGUCGUCUCGAAUCAUGGCGGGCGCCAGCAGGACGGCGGCGUCGCCUCGUUGGAGGUCCUCCCCGAGAUCGUCGAUGCGGUGGGCGACAGGAUUGAGGUGCUCUUUGAUUCCGGGGUGCGCUGUGGGGCCGAUAUCGUCAAGGCGCUGGCGCUCGGGGCGAAGAUGGUGCUCAUCGGGAGACCGUACGUUUAUGGGUUGGCCAUGGGGGGUCAGGCCGGGGUCAGCCAUGUCUUGAAGUGUCUCUUGGGCGAUUUGGAUCUGACGCUGCAUUUGUCGGGCGUGCCUUCGGUGCGGAAGGAGCAUUUGAAUCGGUCGAUUUUGAGGGAGUCGAAGUAGAUCGACCGUGUGACCCAGU